UAACCCACCCAAAAAAAAGAAAAGCAAAAAAUCGCGUCCUACGCGAUAUCCAAUUGGACGCGAAGCGGGGGAUGAACGAUGUAGUAGCUCGUAGUCAUUUUUAAGAUUUAGACCCUUAUUCUCUUUUGCCGAUCCAUUAAAAUGUCUGACCAAUGUGCUAAUCCGCAAUACAGAGACUGGGUAAAAGAAUGGAUGGAACAAGCUCAAACUCUGGGAAGCAAGGCCUACUACACAUAUAAAAAAGCUUAUGAAUCAUUAGACAAAUGUACCGACGUUUUUAACCACCCUUCUGAAACUGUAAAAUUAGCAGGCAUUGGCCCUGGCUUGGCCCUUAAAUUAGAAAACGCUUUAAAAAAAUACUGCAAGGACAAUGGUCUUCCCAUGCCUGAAUCUUCCAGCAAAGGUAAACGAAAAAAACCUACUACGCAAAGUGGUGAUGCUUUAGAGGACACGACCACACCUGUCCGACCGAGACCAUCCAAACCUUAUGUGCCCAAAUACAGAACAGGAGGGUACGGCAUCUUACUUUGUUUAUUCGAAAUCUAUCAAGGAGGAAGAGAAAACCUGACAAAGGAUCAGAUCUGUCGAGCGGCUCAGGAACAUUGUGACGCUUCUUACACAAUGAAGGAUCCAGGAUCAUCAUACACAGCUUGGAACAGCAUGAAAACUUUAUUGGAAAAAGGAUACAUCUACAAAUCUGGAAGUCCAGCAAAAUUUAGAUUGACAGAAACCGGCAUCAGCUUAUCUGAAAGACUAAAAGUUGCACAAUCAGCCAGAGCAAGCCAAGGGAAUGGAGAGGGAUCAUCUACACAAAGAAUUACCAACGGAGAAAGUUCAGAACCGCUUAGAAAUCCUUCAACAGCGAGAUCACGAAAAAAGGCCACAGGUUCAAGCACAAUCACCUCUUCACAACAGCCUUCACAAAGGUUAACGCAAACGCAAACACAACAAAAUGAAGUGGAUUACAAUGAGCUGAUAGACAAUCAAGUAAUGGAAUCCCUUUUACCCCAUGAAUACGAGAUUGUCCUGGUUUUGGAUAGCCGUGAAAUUCAAAUGAAAAACGACCGUGAUUAUUUUCAAAGAAAAUUAGCAGAAAAUGGUGUCAAGUUUAUCACCCGAUCCAUGGACCUUGGUGAUGUGAUCUGGAUAGCAAGGAAAAUCGGCAACACUAAUCAGAACGAAGAGCUGUUUCUUGAUUAUGUGGUUGAGAGAAAAAGACUGGACGAUCUUGUUAGCAGUAUCAAAGACGGUCGAUAUACUGAGCAAAAAACGCGACUCAAACGAUCCGGUGCGGAAAAAGUCAUGUAUGUUGUGGAGGAAUACAAUCGUGCUGAUGCUGUCAAUUUUGGUGUACAGGCUGUUCAAACCGCCAUGUCUUCUCUUCAGAUCAUUGAUGGCUUUUUCUUAAAGACAACGGAAGGCGUAGAUGAGACCAUCGCGUUCUUUGUCUCGGUUACCAAAUUGAUUCACCAGAUCUACAAGAAUACAGUACUUUACACUAUCCCAGGUCACAUCAUUACACGUCAAAAUUACCUAAGCUUAAAGAAGGCCUGUAAAGAUAAAUCGAACCGCCAUGUCACCGAAAAAUCUGCUUAUUUAAUUACAUACCCCAUGUUCAGUCAACUCAAUACGAAGAACGGUGGUACCACUGUUCAUGAGAUUUUUAUACGCAUGUUAUCAACGAUUCAGGGAGUGAAUGCUGAACGUGCACUAUCACUGAUUAAGAUAUACCCUACCCCGAACGCUUUGUUGAAGGCAUACAAUGGUAAAACCCCACAACAAGGUAAAAUUCUGGCAAAGGAAGCAACGCAACAUGAGAUUGGUAGACGUCGAUGGGCCCUUAAAAUUAGUGAACGUCUAUACAAUCUCUUUGGUGCCAUAAGUUAUCCUGAUCCAACGGGAGAAAGCGAUGACGACUAA